CAGUGUCAGUGCUUUUUAUUAGCACUGAUUUCCAGGGGCGGACUGACCAUUUGGAAACUCGGGCACUGCCCGAGGGCCCGGGGUCAGUAGGGGGCCCCAUGAGAUGCCCCUGGUACCUUUUUCAUAGGCUUUUUUGAGUUUGGGCAAGGACACAGGGGCCCCAUGAUCCCCUAUUGCCCGGAGGCCCCAUGAGUUGUCAGUCCACCCCUGCUGAUUACUAUAUUGGUGUCACUGUGGUUUUUGGGGGACCUUUCCACAAAACACUUUGGCCCCUUGAUCCCCGUCUGCCCUGGUGUUUGGAGGAGCUUUGGCAUGUUCUAUUC